AGUCGUCAGGAAGACUUGGCGACCGAACCUCCGGUAGGGUCUCAGGGCGGGGAGAACCAGCGCCAGGGAGUGAGGGCGGAUCAGUUUCGUAUUAGAGAUCCAGCGAAGGAAGAGUCUUCUGUUAGACAUUUCCUUAGGGAUACGUGCGUAAGUUCUCUAAAGACAAUGGAAAAGAUGACAGAUUUCAUACCAAUGGACGAUGUGAUGGCAGGGAUGGCAAGUAAUCAUGACGGAGACAUAUUCAUAGAUCAGAAUAUGUCACACAUAUUUGACGAUACGAAUCCCAUCCGUCUAGCGGAAGAGGUGAGCCUGAUAGGUAGCACUCAGUACAACAUGGGCCAGCGUAAUAGGAUCCUCCAAUCAUGGGGCAACAACAACACUAUGGCUCCGUCACAGAACCGCGGAAGUCCAAUGGAUCAAUUAGGCAACGGCCAACAUGAAGUGGACCAAUCAUGGAACGUCCAGCAUCAAAUGGGCCAAUCAUGGAGCGUCCAGAACCAAAUGGGCCAUUCAUGGAACAGCCGACGUCAACCCGACCAAUCAGGGAGCAGUAGAAAUCACAUGAGCCAACCACACGUUGCCCCGUCACUCAUGGGUUUUGACUGGGGUGGAGGCAGCAGCCAAAUACCCCCGUUACACCCUGAAUUCAUGCCUGGACGAAGAGAACAAGCACCGGACAGGACACCGCGACCAAAGAGUGGGAGGAAGAGACAACAGCACGCAAACAAGUAGGAUUUCUAAGGAUGGGGGAGUCCUGCUGUUCUUCAUGCAAAAAGUCUGUGGCUUAAAAUCCUCGACAUAUUCGUCCUUAGAUAGAAGCACGUUUGUACUUUACUUAUCAUUUCAUUUUUUAUUAUUAUUAUCAUUAUUAUUUUUAUUAUUACUAUCAUUAUUGUUUUAAUUAAGACUAGUUAAUUGAUUGAUUAAUUAUUAUUACUAUAAUAAAAAUGAUACUACUAAUAAUGAUGAUAAUGAUAAUAUGAAUGAUAAUGUCAAUGAUUAUAAUAGGUAUCGGUAUUUUAUUAUUUCAUUAUUUCUAUUUUAUUAUUAUUAUUAUUAUUAUUAUUAUUAUUAUUAUUAUUAUUAUUAUUAUUAUUAUUAUUAUUAUUAUUAUUAUUAUUAUUAUUAUUAUUAUUAUUAUUAUUAUUAUUAUUAUUAUCAUUUAUUAUUAUUAUUAUGGUGAUGAUGAUGAUGGUGAUGAUGAUGAUUAUGAUGAUUGAUGAUGAUGAUGAUGAUGAUGAUGAUGAUGAUGAUGAUGAUGAUGAUGAUGAUGAUGUGUACAGUAUAUAAAUAUGUCUUUAUACACACACACACAUACAUUUAACUUUAUCUCCGCUUGAAACUAUAUUUCAUGCCAUUUAUACUCUCCAGUGAUUCCAAAACAUGUGUGAUAUCAGUGCCUUAAAAUCUACAAUAUUUAGUAUAACUUACUACUAAUAUUAACUUUAGAAGUGAAUAUUUUAUGAAGUUUCAUCUGUUAUACCCAUAAGAAAUGUGUGAACACUAUGCAUAUGAACAAAUGGAAAUGCGCACGUUUUGUGUGUGAAACUGUAUAAUUCAGACGAUGGUUAACAGACAAAAGUCUUAUUGCAGGAUAUUAUAUUUUUAUAUACAAAGAUUAUCUGCUCAUUUUAGUUACUGCUUGAUCUAAAUGCGAAAGUUUUAAUGCUUUAUAACAUGUAUUCCUUAUUAGAUAUCAAUAGCAUUGCCACUGUGCUAUGUUGAUUGUAGUGCAAUUAUUGUUUGUUCAUUGCAAAUACUUAAUUAAAGACUCACAAUUAA